CUGUUGGGCAAGGCGACCGAGCUGGAGCGGCAGGUGGAGGAGUCGCGACGCCAGGCUGAGUACCACGAACGGGCGAAUCAGAGGCUGAGGGAGGAGCAUGAGCGGCGUGAGCGUGAGCUGCUGGAGCAGAUGCGCAAGCGUGAGGCGGAGGUGGAGAGUGUCCGGCGGCGGAAGGACGCUGAGGUGCUGAGCGGCCAGGAACAGCUCCGAAAGACGAUGGCAGACCUUGAGCGGGAGCGCUGCGAGCGUGAGGAGGCGCUGCGUGUGCUGAGCGAACGUCAGGAGCAGCUGAACGCUGCUCUGCACGACUCGCAGCAGUCGGAGGCGCAGCGCACGGAACUCCAGCGACAGAACGCGGAGCUUGCAGAGCGCAUGCACCAGCUUGAGUCCGAGCGUGAUACACAGCGGCGCCUGCUGUGCGACCUGGAGCGCUUCCGCGACGAGCGGGACGACUUGGAGAACGCUGUGUUGCUGCUGCGCACGGAGGUGGAGGAGAUGGAUCUGCGCCACGAUGACACGGUGUACCACCUGCUCUCGGUGAUGAGCCUACGCGAUGAGUGCGUUGACGGGCUGGUGGCGAGGCUCGGCGUUGAGCACGAGUACCAGCUGAACCAGAGCGCACACUGGUACGCUGACGAGAGUGCUGCAGCGGAGCGCCGCUACGAGGCAGAGCUGGCAGAACGGCAAUCUGCGCUGGCGACAGUGACCGAUGCGCUAGGCGACCUUCGACGCCAGCUUGACGAGUCAGCGAUAGCCCAACGAAGUUUGCGUGUCAGCCUCGAGACGGCUGAAAAGCAGAGUGCGGCGCUGCGUGAAGAGCAGCGAGUGAUGGAGGAGAUGAAGGCCUGCGUUGAGAGCAGCCUGAAGGCCGUGACUGCGGAGCGUGACGGGCUGAAGGAGGAGCUGUCAGCUACGAAGGAUGAGCUGACGACCCAGCUGUGCCUCUUGGAGGAGGCUAAGGAUCGUCAGCUCGUCUUUCAGUCCGUAAAUCUACAGAGUAAUGGCAUCAUGACUUAUCUCUAUGCUGGCCGCCUCCUUCUGUGUGGUGUGAAGAUGGCGAGUCGGUUCCUCCUUCGUCGUCGAAACCAGUGCUCCUUGAUGCAGGUAAAGGCCUGCGUUGAGAGCAGCCUGGAGGCCGUGACUGCGGAGCGUGACGGGCUGAAGGAGGAGCUUUCUUCCACGAAGGAUGAGCUGACGGGCCGGCUGCGCUCCAUGGAGGAGACGAAGGCCUGCGUUGAGAGCAGCCUGGAGGCCGUGACUGCGGAGCGUGACGGGCUGAAGGAGGAGUUUUCUUCCACGAAGGAUGAGCUGACGGGCCGGCUGCGCUCCAUUGAAGAGGCGAAGGCCGGCGUUGAGAGCAGCCUGGAGGCCGUGACUGCGGAGCGUGACGGGCUGAAGGAGGAGCUGUCAGCUACGAAGGAUGAGCUGACGGGCCGGCUGCUCUCCGUUGAAGAGGCGAAGGCCGGCGUUGAGAGCAGCCUGGAGGCCGUGACUGCGGAGCGUGAC